AUGUUACAGCUGAGCAGGUUGUUGGGUCCUUUGUUGGAGGACUAUGUUACAGCUGAGCAGGUUGUUGGGUCCUUUGUUGAGGACUAUGUUACAGCUGAGCAGGUUGUUGGGUCCUUUGUUGAGGACUAUGUUACAGCUGAGCAGGUUGUUGGGUCCUUUGUUGAGGACUAUGUUACAGCUGAGCAGGUUGUUGGGUCCUUUGUUGGAGGACUAUGUUACAGCUGAGCAGGUUGUUGGGUCCUUUGUUGGAGGACUAUGUUACAGCUGAGCAGGUUGUUGGGUCCUUUGUUGAGGACUAUGUUACAGCUGAGCAGGUUGUUGGGUCCUUUGUUGAGGACUAUGUUACAGCUGAGCAGGUUGUUGGGUCCUUUGUUGGAGGACUAUGUUACAGCUGAGCAGGUUGUUGGGUCCUUUGUUGGAGGACUAUGUUACAGCUGAGCAGGUUGUUGGGUCCUUUGUUGAGGACUAUGUUACAGCUGAGCAGGUUGUUGGGUCCUUUGUUGAGGACUAUGUUACAGCUGAGCAGGUUGUUGGGUCAUUUGUUGGAGGACUAUGUUACAGCUGAGCAGGUUCUUGGGUCCUUUGUUGGAGGACUAUGUUAUAGCUGAGCAGGUUGUGUUGGGUCCUUUGUCGAGGACUAUGUUACAGCUGAGCAGGUUGUUGGGUCCUUUGUUGAGGACUAUGUUACAGCUGAGCAGGUCGUUGGGUCCUUUGUUGGAGGACUAUGUUACAGCUGAGCAGGUUGUUGGGUCCUUUGUUGAGGACUAUGUUACAGCUGAGCAGGUUGUUGGGUCCUUUGUUGAGGACUAUGUUACAGCUGAGCAGGUUGUUGGGUCCUUUGUUGAGGACUAUGUUACAGCUGAUCAGGUUGUAGGGUCCUUUGUUGGAGGACUAUGUUACAGCUGA